AUAUUGAUCGAGUUUUGUCAUUCUUGAUUUGUAUUGUUGUGAAUGUAUGUUGUUUUCUUGGAAAAUACUUGGCCUUUUGAGAUAAUUAUUGUUGGAUUCUCAACGUCGAAGGAGUGAGGCACAGUUAAUUAGGCAGAUUUUUGGAUACAUUAUCCCAUAACUUAAAUCAACAAUUUACGCCAAUAUAAGCAUUCAUUCUACCCCUCAAUCGAAAGUUAAAAAAUAAACAAAUAUCACAUCACACCCUUCUUCACAAUGACCACCCCUCGAGUCUUCGUGAUCCGUCAUGGUGAAACCGAAUGGUCUCUCAAUGGUCGCCAUACAGGCAUCACAGAACUUCCUCUAACUGCCAAUGGAGAAAAGAGAAUUCGUGCAACGGGAAGAGCAUUAAUUGGUGAUGAUCGAUUGAUUGUUCCUAGAAAUUUGGCUCAUAUCUAUGUCUCCCCACGGAAACGUGCCCAGAAAACUCUCGAACUCCUCGAAGUCGGAUGUGCCGAGAAACUUCCAUGGGAAGAGCGACGAAAGCAUGCUGAAUCUGGAAUCCGCACAUCAGCCAAAGUAGAAAUCACUGAAAACAUCCGAGAAUGGGACUACGGUUCUUACGAAGGAAUCACCUCUGCCCAAAUCCGCUCUGAUCGCAAAGCCGCCGGACUUCCCGAAUGGGAUAUUUGGCGCGAUGGUUGUCCGGAUGGCGAAUCCCCCGAACAAGUCACCGAACGUAUCGAUGCCCUCAUCUCAGACAUCCGAGAGAAAUACCACGGUCCUGUCAUUGGGAAAGAGAAAAAGGAAGCGGGACCGGGUGAUGUAUUGAUUGUAGCGCAUGGACAUAUAUUGAGAGCGUUUGCGAUGAGAUGGGUAAGCAAGACGUUACAGGAUGGACCGACUUUAUUGCUCGAGGCCGGAGGAGUAGGAACGCUAAGUUAUGAACAUAAGAGUUUGGAGGAACCUGCUAUUUUGCUAGGUGGUGCGUUUAUGGUGGAUGUGAUUGAGAAUUCGGUGGAGGAUGAGAGGGAAAAGGAGGGGAAAUAAAUGGGGGACUUCAUGAGGUGUAGAUGGGGUUUUAUUGGUUUUUGAAUUUUAGAAGAGUUAUUAUAGAGAUUUUAGAGAUUUUAGAGAUGUUUAGAUGGAUUUGAUGAUGGAACGACAAUUUCUUUAUUUCUCUUCCGAAUUC